CCACCCCUCCGGGUUGUUUAAUUGGUAUCAUCCAAUGUGGCUGCGGCAGCGUGGACGGAAGAGUACGGUGUACGGGUCUAUGCCUUCUCCCUGAGAUAGCUCCGAACGCCUGCACGGCAUCCCUGUCGCCCCCCUCAUAGCACUCAGACCGAGCAGCUAAUCAUGCCUCACAGAAAGAAGAAACCUUUUAUUGAAAAGAAGAAAGCAGUGACUUUCCACCUGGUACACAGAAGUCAGAGGGAUCCCUUAGCAGCUGAUGAGACCGCUCCUCAGAGAGUCUUGUUACCUACUGAUAAGGUAGAGACACAACAAAGGAAAGAGGAGGAGAGGAAGUUUGGGGUUUUCUUUGACGAUGACUACAAUUACUUGCAGCAUCUUAAAGCAGUAGGUUCUGCGGAACUUGUUCCUUCUGAUACCCGCCGGGCACAAAGCCGGAUUAUAGUGACCGAAGAUGGGAAAGUAGAGGAUGAAGUUGAACGUAUCCAAGCACCUACCAUAAACUUGCCAUCUUCGGUUUUUGCUUCAGAGUUUGAGGAGGAUGUAGGGCUGUUAAACAAGGCUGCCCCUGUUCGAGGUCUGUGUCUAGAUCUGGACCCUGAUAUUGUGGCAGCUUUGGAUGAAGAUUUUGACUUUGAUGACCCUGAAAACCAGCUAGAAGAUGACUUUAUAUUAAAGGCCAAUGAUCCUGCCAGUGUCGAUAAUGGACAGGAGUAUGGAGGAGAUGAUGACGAAUGGGAAGAUGUUGACAGUGAGGAAGAUGAUUUUGACUCAGAUGGUCCCCCAUCGGAUGAAGAGGAGAGACAGGGGGAUGAUCCUAUGAAACAGUUUAUGUUCAUGCAUGAGGAGACCAAGAGCCGUUUCUCACAAUAUUCUAUGUCUUCCUCUGUCAUGAGGAGAAAUGAGCAGCUCUCUCUUCUGGAUGAACGCUUUGAAAAGUUUUAUGAACAGUUUGAUGAUGAUGAAAUUGGUGCCCUGGACAACACAGAACUGGAAGGGUUCAUCAAUGCAGAUAGCACUCGUCUUCAAGAUGUUGUAAAUGACUACUUCAAGGAAAAGGCUAAGGAUUGUGUGAAACUGAAAGACCUGACACCCAGGUCAGUGUUAAAUGUAAUAGAGGAAGAUGAAGAUACUGAGGAAAUGCAAACUAUAGUAAUAGAACAGCCCGGUGAAAAGUGGGAUUGCGAAUCUAUCUUGAGCACAUACUCAAAUUUGUAUAACCACCCCCAAAUGAUCAAGGAUCCACCAAAGCUGAAGCCAAUAAAGGUAUCUAUCAAAACUGGCAUUCCACUGGGUGUCCUGCCUGGAAGGGGGCCUACAGCCAAGCAAGUUGAGCGUAUGGAAAUGAUUAAUGAUGGAGACCUGCCCAGGGUAUCCACACAGCUACGCUCAAAACAUGAAUCCACAGAGGAGCGGAAAGCUAGAAAACUGGCAAUAAAGGAAGAACGCAAAGAUCGAAGGGUGGAGAAGAAAGCCAAUAAACUGGCUUUUAAAGUAGAAAAGGGCAGACAGGAGAAGGAACAACUGAACUUGAGACAGAAUCUUCAAGGACUUAAAUUAUCAUAAACUGGUAUCUACAAGACUAUGACUGCUAUUAUCAGUAACAGUCGUGAAAGACCAUUUCCUAAAAUACUCAGCAGCGGUCCUGCCGUUCAGCACUGUAAGACUACAGAAGUUCAUUACUAAAUUGUGUGCCCCAUCUGGAUUGCAGGAAAAGGAAAGAGGUCUGGUACAUGACGGCAUCUUGCGGUGCAUUGCUUUGCAGAAAUGUAAGAGAAGAAAUGAUUUGGAUCUAAAUGUACUGUUCCCGAAAGAGGCGUUAUGGCCAUACAAAAAGAAGAGCGCUCCCUUACACAAUAAGGAAACAUUGCAAUAUGGACACCAUGUAAAUUGUAGAUGAUGGUUUUUGCUUUCUGGUCCUAUUGCUUACUAACUAAUAUUAUUCAACAUUUCAUGUACAAUAUUUGUAUCUGUGUUUUCAAAAUGACCUUCAGGCAGAGGGUAUACACAUAUUUGGCCUUUGCCUAGUGCGGACCUUGGGUUAUUUCUACAUAAAACUAGAAAUGAGAUCAGAA